AUGUCCAUGCAAUUCCAAAGCCCCUUUCAAGAGUCACAGUUUGACAUCUUCGAGUGGUAUCCCCAAUUCCAGUCCUGCCUCCGCUACUUCAUCGACCAUGCCCAGUACAGCGCCCCCGUUCAGACUGUGGCCGCUUGUGUCAACAUUCUCUUGCCCUUCCAGAAGGGAAACUCCCCUCCCGUGACACCUACUCGCGCCGGACCAGGUCCGUCGGCAUCAGCCUCCGGUCCUAUUCCUCUGGGCUUGCCGAGGACCCCAGUUACCCUGAUUCCCUACAUUCGCCGUCUUGUAGUGACCGGCUUCGACUCUCCUGCUGUUCUUCAUGGCUUCUUUGGCGAUGACUGGCUGCAAGGAAUCGGGCCCGUCCACGAGAGCGAACGCAGAAACUACCUAUUUGCCGCAAAGAGUGACAACUGGCUCAAAGUCAAGUCCCAGUACGACAUGGCGGACGGGCAGACAGUUCCCUUCUUGAGGCCUUUACAAAACGUCACUGAGGAGGAGAUACAGGCAGCCGAAUCAAACUGGAGCGAGUGGCUUGCCAUGCAAGACUGGAUGCUUGGACCUAGAGCUCCUCCAGACGUCGGCGACCGACGAGUCAGGGUCAAGAAAGAACAAGACUGA